CACCGUCGCGUAUUCCCGCCGAAACGUGCGCUGACAGUCCCACCCUGUAUACAGACAUCAUGCUCAAGAACGUGCGCCUGCGCCUGUUCCCGACGACGACGUACAAUUCUCUCGUGUGGAGUGCCGAGGGAGCGCUCGCACUCGCCGCUGGGGAGAACGUGGUUAUUCUGGUCCCAAAACUCACUGGACAAGAUGGCCGGCAGACCGACAAGAAGUCGCCGCAGUUCUGGCACACCGUCGCCGACAUGCGGCAGCUGAUCAUCGACGCCAUGGACGAAGAGAUCAAGCCGGCACCCGCGCGCAUAUACUCGAUCGGCGAAGAGCAAGGCCCGGGGUACGCAUACCAGAUCGCGUGGUCGCCGCUGGGGAUGUCGCGCUACCGCCGGUGCCUCCUCGCCGUCAUCGCCACGAACCACAAGAUGUACAUCUUUGAGCCGGUCGGCCAUGUCGGCAGCGACAUGAGGGUCCUCUACGAUCUCACGCCCCUGUCGUUUAAGUUCCAGGACGAGAAAGAUGCGGACGAGAAAGAGAAGGAGAUCAGGACCCGUCUAAGAUCGAGGUGUAUGGGUAUGGCUUGGAGUCUGGCCUGCAGGACAGACGAGAAUCGCUGGGGUGAGUCGUUGAUCGCCGUGGCGAACGAUCAUCUCGAGAUGAUAUUUUUUAGGAUCGGACAAGGCUUGCAGGAAAUGGUGGCCGUUCUUAAGCCUUUUCCCGCACGUUAUGUCGCGAAGUACAUUGGCACGCGGGCCACGCACUUCAAGGCACUGCGCUGGAGCCCUUGGAGACAGUGCGACAAGAAGAAAUACUACGCUUUCCUGGCAUACUUCUGGGACGGCAAGGCAGUGGUGUCGAGAGUGACCCUUGAUGUGGAAGAUGCUUCGGAGCCGCAGGUCUCGAUUGGUUCGGAACCAAUGCUGCUCGGCAAGGCAAUGUCGAACUUGCAUCCCAUCUUCUCGGUGGCUUUUGCUCCCGAGUUGAUCGCGGGCCGGAUAGUCGCUGCGUAUGCCGCUCAGCUGUGUACCGUGGUGCUGACCUUCGACGAGGAUGGAUCUAUUCUGUCGAGGGAAGAGUUCGAGAACACCUUUGUCGAGAGAUGUUCAGGCCUUGACUUUGCACCAACGAAUGAACCCGAUACCGUGAUAGUUCAGGUCCUGACCAGCCAGGGCAAGUCACAGAUCAUCACCUACAAGAUCCCCACCACAGCGUCUCCGUCGCCCUCCGCUUCUACCUCGACGAUCCAGGGCAUUGCGACGGUCCAAGGCACUGAUGACGCAGCCAUAAAAGACGCACCUACCGAAGAGCUCGAAAACGUGCAGACUACCUGGCCCAUGACACUUGCAGAGAUGAAGCAGGACUACAUGUCCGAAUAUGACAUUACCAAGGCACAGGUACGCACCUACGGUCUUGCCGUGUCACCGCUCGGUGGCAUCACCGCCAUUGCCGCUAGCUUCCAUCCCAAGGUCAGCCUGGAGUAUACCACGGCGCACACCGAGAGGACGACCUUGAUCUUCGGAUUCGCGCCCGGAUCGAGCGGGUGUUGGAGCAGUUUUGGGUUCACCCCCAAAGGCGCACUGCCAAAUCCCAUCACUACAGCCACCGAGGCGGUGAUCCUGGAAUCAGUGGCACUGGGCAAGCCCUUCACGUCGCGCAUCCACGCAGCCAUUUCGGCCGUGACAGCAGACGGAAAUCCCCGCUUGGAGGGUAUAACCUUCACCCCCGGCGAAGACGAGGAAGAGUUCCUGGCGAAGCACACGCUGCUCUCCAAACCGCUCAACGCGCUCCGCUACACGGCCGCGCUGAAGCGAAUCGCCCAGAUGAACCACAAGUACGAGCUCCUCCCGGAGAACCCGCACAUCAUCGCCGCGUCGAUCGUGUCCGCACUCUCCGUUCCGCGCGACCUCUGCACCGACGCCGAUUCCAAGCGAAUCCUGUACUCCCUCGCGUGCAUCGGGAUAAUGGGGCUAUACUCCUCGUCGAUAAUCCUGGGCCUAGCCGAGUCCGCCUUCACCUGGCUCAGCACGCACACGCCCGACGAAGUCCGCUUCGACCUCGAGCUGAGCAUUGUCGCGAUGCGCCGCCGCGCCGGCAACUCCGACGAACUGCCCGUCAGCGUCGAGAACGGCUUCGUCAGCUCGUUCGAGCGCUGCGUCAUCUGCGCCGCCGGCAUGGUCUGGCGCGAUCUCAGGAUCGCAGAGUGCACCGCCGGCCACAGGUUCAGCCGCUGCGCUAUCACGUUCCUGCCAAUUACCGAUCCCAUGGCCACCAGGGAGUGCUCGGUGUGCGCGCGCACAGUGCUCGGCGCUGACGUCGAGGAUCAGGAGGUGGCGGGACUGGCGGCCACGGUGUUUGGUGGCUGGGAAACGUGUUUGCUCUGCGGAGGCAGGUAUUGGGCCGAGGAGAGUUGAUGGAUGAUGAUAUUCAUCAUACUUACUGCCAUUUGACGACAUAUGUUCAGUAUGCAGCCCUGUGGUUACAGGAUGUGGUUUAGCGUACAUAGUAGCAAUGAACCCUGUCGUCGAUCUCCCGCAGUCUGAGUUUUUGUGGAUCGUGAAAAUUCCGUUCGUGAAAUGUGCACAACCUCCGUAGAUCAGCAGUGAAAGAUGUCGAAGCAUCCGUCAAGCACGCAUGUUUCGUGUAAUCCCGCAAGGGUACGAGAGUGGUGGAGUUCCGCAGCAUAUGUAGACGCCAGCGCACUCACCAUACCGAAG